AUGGAAGUGAUACAGGUUGCACAAUAUGACAGUGAUUUAUCGGAUGAAGUUGUCGAAGAAAAUAAUGAUUUAAAUCGAAAUAAAAAAGUCAAGAAGAAGAAAAGAUCUAAGUAUUGGAUUAACAAAGCUACAUUUGAUAAUGCUGAGGAAGCAGAGGCAUCAAUUGAAAAUAUCUGGUCAAAACAGUAUACAAAUUAUACAGAACAUGGACGAAGAGUUUAUUACAGAUGCAACAAAGCUAAACUUCGUGGACCUCAAUGUAGUGCAAGUAUUCAUCUGUUAUAUCAUGCAGACAGCGAUCAAGUGACUGUUUAUAAAACUGAAGGUGAACAUGAUCAUCAUGAUGAAAAAGUUCGUGGUAUUGAUGAAAACGUUAAAAAGUGCAUUGAAGAAUUAUAUAAUGAUGGUGAUUUAGAACAAUGGUGUGAAGGUAAUGUAGAAGUACCAAUUGAUGAAAAUAAAGCUUUUGUUGUAUCAUACAAAAUAUUAUAUGAUAAUGAAGAAUAUGAAGAUGAUGAAGAUAUAGAAGAAGAUGGAAAUAAAUUCCGUAUAUUUAUAUCAUCUGUUCGUUUGCUCAACAUUGCAUCGAUGUCAUUACAUUUACAUGCCGAUGCUACAUAUAAAUUAAUUUGGCAAGGUUUUCCUGUUUUAAUUGUUGGUACUACUGAUUUUAACAAAGCAUUUCAUCCAUUUGGUUUAGCAGUAAGUUCAAACGAAAAAACUAAAGAUUUUGAAUUUAUCUUCAAUAGUAUUCAAGUUGGUAUGGAAAAAAUAAAUAAAGAUUUACUAUAUCCAACAGCAUUGAUAUCUGAUGCUGCUGAUGCAAUUAAAAAUGGUUUUACAAAUAUAUUCAGUUCUUCCUAUAAUCAAAUAAUGUGUUGGGCACACAUGAAAAGAAAAAUUAACAAUCGUGUAUGUCAAAUAGAUGACAAACAUAUUGCAAAAGAAAUUAUAGAAGAUGUUGAAAUGCUCUAA